AUGGAGUCUACAGCGUCUCCUACGCCGUCCAAGCACCGCAUUCCCGGUCUGCCCAACCCUGUGGUAGCAGCAGCUGAGCAAAAAUGGCUAUUUUCGGAGGAGGACUUGGAGCGCACUCCGUCGCGCCUCGACAAAAUCGACCGUGAGCAGGAGGACUACAUUCGGCACCGAGCCGUCGAAUUCAUUUGGCAAGUCAGCAUGAUGCUGAAGAUGCCACCACAGACCUCAAUGACUGCCACCGUCUUCAUGCACAGAUUCCUGAUGCGCUACUCCUUACGUGGACAAUAUCCCGAACAGGGCGGGGACCUAAUGCAUCCAAAGGUCAUUGCGGCGGUGGCGCUCUUCGUCGCAUUCAAGGUGGAUGAGACCAUGCGCCGGAUGAAGGACUUUGUCGUGGCAUGCUGCCGCGUUGCCAUGAAGAAGUCUGAUUUGAUUGUUGACGAGCAGUCAAAGGAUUACUGGAAAUGGCGGGACCUGAUUCUGCAGAACGAGAGCGUCAUGCUCGAGUUCCUUUGCUUUGACCUGCAGCUCGAGUCGCCCUACCGCGUCCUGUGGGAUUACACUCUCUUCCUCGGUGUCCCCGACAAUCGACCCCUCCGACACGCUGCUUAUGCUUUUCUCAAUGAUUCCACAUACACCGUUCUCUCGCUGCAGUUCCAACCACGCGUUAUCGCCGCCGCGGCCCUUUACGCUGCUGCGCGCCAUUGCAAGGUUUCGUUUCCAGAUGAUUCUCAAGGUCGGCCGUGGUGGGAACAGAUCGAUGUCCGCGUCGAGGAUCUCAUCACCGCUUGCAAACUCAUUGUCAAAAUCUAUGAGCGUGUGCAGCAAAAUUUGAGCAAGAAUUAUCCGGACUUCACUAUCAGCGACGCCGACCCCAACGACCCGACUCGCCUCUUCCACAGCAACCCCCUCUCCGCCUCAGACCUCAAUUCAUCUCUCUCCACACCAGCAGCAGAUUCUCCCGCCUUGAAUGGUCGCAAACGCUCCCGUGAACCAGAGUCUUUUUCUGCAGAUAACCACUACCCAAGCCCCAUCCCUCCUCCUCAACCCCAAUCCACAUUAAACGGCGAGCGUUCGCCCAAACGCCAAUGCACAGUAUCGCCCGCACCCAACUCGGGAACCCCACAGGGCCUACCUCCGCCUUCUACAUCCCGUCCUCGAAUUCCGUUGCGAGCAAUGGCGUCAUUGCCUGCGAAACCCAGAUUCAGAGACUCGUCUAAUUCGGGCGAGACUUCCCGCUCGCAUGCAGCUUUGGAUACAAAUCCGAAUCCAGGCUCUCAUUCUAAGGAUGGAGCCAGCACGGAAGAAGGCGAAAUCUCAGAUGACAAAGACACCAACCAGCCGAACACUGCGGUAUCGCCACGAAAGUAUGCAUCCGACGAUGGAGGAGGAAGUGAAGAGGGCGAGAUCUAG